UCAAACAGCGCAAACUGGCUCUAAGCAGAAUAGAAAGAGGAGUGGGAGGCCCCGUGCAAAACUGAGCAAGAGGACAAAUAUUUUAGAGGGUUUAGUUCGAGAAACGACUGGCAUCAGCGUCAUUAAACAGUACCUGGAAAACAUCAGUGAAGAGGCGCCUUCCGGGAUGCUGGCCCUCUUGGCAGAGUUGCAAAGGAAAGGUCUGUCUGUAAUAAUAUAGCAUAAAGGAGGGAUAUUUUGUAGUUUGUGAGUGGAGAAUAAUAUUAUUUAAUGGCAGAUUGGAAAUAUUGGACAUUUGUUUGAGCUCAAAAAUAGAUAUAUUUUUAAAACAUAUUCUGACUUGCCCAAGAGCAGAUCUGGUGUGACUUCUCACGUCUUGACAAAUCUGGUAUUAUGUGUUGCUCCACAUUGGGAGUGCCGUGAUGGAUUUGAUAAGUGCCUAAAUUUCUACAAGCGUUCAACUCCAGAGAGUAUAACUAAGUCACAGUAUGUGAAUAUCUGCCACAACUUUUUUUUCUGAAAUACCUUCAUAGCAGUGUCCACAAAUACGAAUCUUCAUACACUACCUGCCUGAGCUUGUCUCCAGCCCUCAGUGUAAACAAGGGCUGUAAUCCUCAGGAGUGAGAUUUACCUGAAGUUGCUGCAGCACAACUGAUAAAACUCCCGGGCACAGAAAAUCAUUACGACAAAUUAGUUUUGUUAAAGUCACAAAUUUGGUUGACAACCUAUAACUGUUGGUAUACGUGAAGAUUACGUAUUUGGAUAGGAAGCUGCAGGGGCAUGUCCUCCGCUCUGCAGAGAUCCAGAUAUGUCAGCUGGUGUGGAUCUGCAGAAUCUCCAACACCUGUGACUACGGUUCUGACAGCAGGAGAAGCAGUUUCUCACCAGAACCAUCAGCCGGCUGGUUCAAGAUCAGUCCCACUUCUCCUUCUGUCUGCUCUGCACCACAGUGACAAAGCCCCUAACAGUCAUGGUGAUAAGGGUGAAAACAAAGACAGUGAGGAAGGAAGACCCGGGAACAAAGACGACCGGUCUCUUCUGCAUCCAGAUGACAAAAGUUUCCUCCUUCCCAGGAGCAGUCCGGUCAUCUCCAGAAACCCCAGGCCCAUCUCCUGGCAUGGACGGGGGACCAACAUGUCUGCUUGCUCAAGCUUGGACUCCCCAGCUCCUGCUUCGGGUUUGCGUUCUCUGGAUCAGCCAGCGCCAGUCACCAGUAUGGAGGAUCUGGGGUCCCAACGGAGCUCCUGCCCCCACUCAUCUCCGCUCCAGGAGGAAAAGAAGCCGCGCAGCAUCUCUCUUUCAUCACAACUGAACCGCCUCCUGAGCGCUGGGCUCCACCUUCCCUUCAGUGGACAGCAGGGAUUGGCUGAGGAGCACAGAAGGCGGGGCUGUGAUACCCCUCACUCAUCAGGCCUCUCAACCCCAACACAACACAGUAAAGAGAGAAGGUGCAGUGGUAUCCCAGAAUUCUCUGCAGAUAUCUUUAAGACCAGUAGUGAGCUGGAAAAGGAAAAUGCACAUUUCAUCGUGGUGGACAUGGUGCUGGAGGUGCUGGAAGGCGUGAAGUGGACUCUGACUUCCACGAUGGAAACACACGGCAGCAUGUGCGCAUGCGGACACACGAGCUCGGCAGAGGACUCGCCGCCACAUGAACACGAUCAGAGAUACGAAACAUGCGAACACUCACACACCUGCAGUACAGGUGAUCAUGAACAACACAACAACAAACACAGCCAUUCAGAUGAUGAUGUGAAGACAUCACACACAGAGACACACUCCUCUUAUGUACACACACACCAGCACACACAGGAUGAAGAAGAAGAGGACGCAGGGAACGACCGAGCUGAACAUCAACCAAAGACUUUCUCUGUCCUCUCCACUGACAGUGGAUUUGAAGACUGCGGAGUUGACGCUACGCUGACACUGAAAGAUUCUCUCAGAAGUGCGGAGUGGCUGGCCCAGCAUCUGGUCCUCGAGUUCAGAAGGAGCUGGCUUCCCUCCCAUGGGCCUCGGCGUGGACGGCAAAGCCUCCGUAGCUCACUGCAGGAGUUGCCAGGUACUGGAAAGGUGGCGGUUAGCAGCAGCAGCUUUGCAGAGGAGAUCAGACUGAGGACCCGGAUGAGAGGAUCCUUGAGCUGGGCUCCACCACGCUUCCAGAUCAUCUUCACUAUUCAGCCAACCCACAGACGCAGUGAAGUAGUGGCUUUGCAAAAGUUCCUGUGUGCAGGCUGUGGGACAGAGGUGGAGCCCAAGUACAUCAAGAAACUGCGGUAUUGUGAAUACCUCGGCAGGUAUUUCUGUGACUGCUGCCACAGCGGCUCUGAGGCUGUGAUUCCGGGUCGACUUCUGUCCAGCUGGGACUUUGGCAGGUACCCCGUGAGUGAUUUCUCCAAACAGUUGCUGGAUUCAGUUUGUCACCAGCCUCUGUUUGACCUGACCUGCGUUGGUAAGACACUCUACAGCAAAGUGAAAGAGCUGGACAAGUUCAGGGAGCUCCAGGAACAGCUGCUGGGCAUAAAGAAGCUGCUGAAAGCUUGCAGGUUUUCUGGAAGAGUGAUGACUGAGUUUGAACAGCUUCCUGCUCACCUGACGGAGCAGCCACACCUCUUCUCCAUGGACGACCUCUUGAGGGUGAAGAAGGGUCAGCUCGUGACGCAGGCCAAAGCAUUGCUGAACUCCGCUAUCGACCAUGUGGAAAACUGCAAGUUGUGUCUGGCCCGAGGUUUCAUCUGCGAGUUCUGCCGAGAAAGAGACGUCAUCUUUCCAUUUCAGAGUGACAUAUGUAGGCGAUGUCCAGUGUGCAAGGCCUGCUUUCACAAACAAUGUUUCGUGGAAAAAAAGUGUCCGAAGUGCGCAAGGAUCCAAUCGCGGAAAAAACGUCUAGAUGGAUCCGUGAAUUGACAUCUGAUCAGCUGCAGCUCAGCACCGUGGCGGUCCAUUUAUCACCCUUUGUGUUUGAGCUACAUUCCCUUUAACACACUCUCACAUAAAAACACUGAUGUACAUAAAAUGUAAAUAAAUAAAUGACUUUUUUAUACGGA